AUGGAUAUGCACAUUGUCGCCUUUGGGAGAGGAUUUCCGAGCCCAGAAAGACUUUCGCAAAUCCAGUAUAAUACUGAGAAUCCGCUUCGGAGAGAUACUGUUGUUGUACCUCCGGCCUCAUUCGUCGUGAUUCGACUCCAUGCUGAUAUUCCCGGCGCUUGGAUCAUGCAUUGUCACAUUGGCUGGCACAUAGCUGGCGGGUUUGCCGGAGUAGUGGUGGUCCAGCCAGAAGCGAUCAGUCGGUUCGUCAUUCCGGACGAGAACCUGGCGCUCUGUGAUGCUCGGACAGAACCGGUGGAUACCAUCGAACCUGGUGCCUAAAUAAAAAGUGUUUAGGCUCAAAAAAAAAUAAAAAAUAAAAAAAUAAAAACUCUUGACGCGCCUCACCAAUGUGAAUCUUGCGGUAUAUCACAUCUUGUACACUUCAUAGAAAAGAA